GAUGUUAUCGUUUGUUCGACAGACGGUAUCUUCUACUGGGAGUAACAUUCUACGACCAGCGUCAGCGGAUGUUAUUCAGAUUAGAGGGCGUAAAAGAGCGUUGAAGCAGACAAUCACUCGCCAACAAAAACUAGAAAGACGAAUGAAAAGGGAAGAAAAAGAGGCAGCCAGAAAACAAUACUCAUUCAUGGAAAAAAUCAAUAUUCGGCGAAUGAAAAAUCUUCUAUCACCAUCUCAACAAUUUCCAGGCAGACUCAACAUUGACGAUGAAGCUAAUCUCCCUGAAAAGCCAACAUUGGAUGUUUUCAUAAAAUCUCACUUCAAAACGCAAUACUACACAGUCUCCGAAGCUCUUGACAUGCAUCGUGAACUUCAAAGCCCAUCAAUCUACAAUAAUCCAAAUGCUCCAAUCCGUCUUCGCCUUGAACUUAACAUGACAACUGAGAGGCAGACGAAAAUGGUCACAGGAAGUGAUGAAAUUGUCCCAGUCCCUCAUCCAUUCAAUCAUAACGAAAAAAGAACCAUUUUAGCAUUCGCUAAUGAUGUGAAACUUCAAGAACUGGCUGUAGAAUCUGGAGCUGAAAUGGCUCUUGGACAAGAUACCAUCAAAAAAAUCAUCAAGGGACAGUUCAGGACGGACGAUUAUGAUUUCUGUGUAUCUCAUUCAGAUAUGGGAUCAUCGAUUCUUCCACUACGUGGAAUUCUUAAAAUGAGAUUCCCAACAAGAGCUAAUGGAGGUCUCGGAGAAAAUCUUCCAGAGCUUAUCGAAAAAUUCAAGAACGGAGUGAAACUUAAUAUCAAAGGAGAUCCUGUAUAUCCCAUUUGGGGGCUCAGUGAUUGCGUUGUUGGACGGUUAUCAAUGCCAAAUGAACAUAUUGAAGCCAAUAUCGCAACUGUAAUUGCAGCCGCAUGUGCUCAUCGUAAUCCUGCACUUGGUUCAUUUGUCAAUCGAGCACUUUUGAUGACAAUUCCAGGAGAAGAAAAUUACGCUAUCGAUGUAAAACCAUGGAUUCCAAUUCCAACAGAAGAAGAAAUUGAAAAGAUUGAAAAGAGAAAGAACAAAAAGAAGAAGAAGGACGAAAAGAAGACAGAAGAUACAGAUGACGUUGCUCCAGUCGUUGCAGUGGCUCUUUAAAGAAUUUCUUUGUAGGAUUGUUUUAAAUUAGUUGUAGAUUUUUCUUUGUUUCUUUUUCAUAUUUUUCUAUUUGGUUUUUCGUUGUUUGAAAAAUAAAUUAAAACAUUUU